AUGGGGGCGAGAAAGGCAGCWACUGCUUUAGGGAGGCUUAUGCCAAAUAUCGGUGGCCCCUCGCAGUCGAAGCGCAGCCUAUUGUCCAGCGUCAUACACAGCCGUUUGCUGUAUGGCGCAACAAUUUGGUCGGAUCGUGUGACCAGUAUCAAGAAGUGUACAAACCUUCUCCAGCAAACGCAGAGGUGCGCUGCCCUAAGAGUGGCCAGGUGCUACCGCACCGUAUCGGAUAUGGCCUCCUUGGUAUUGGCUAGGAUGCCCCCUGCUCAAUUGGUGACAGUAGGCAGGAAGAAGAGGGCGGAUGCCAAGAGAUUGGGUACGAUAAUCCCGAGAAGGGACGAAAUUGAAGAGAUCCUUCACAUCUGGCAGGCCCUAUGGGAGUCGACACACAAAUCCUCGUGGACGAGACGGCCCCAGAUAGCAACAAAAUAUUAA